UAUAUAGCAUGCAUCGAGUAUAAUCACACUUGGGGAAAUAACCAUCUGUGUCGAAGACUCGGCUCCAUGGCGCACGACUAAGUUUGCCAUUGGCAAUGACCCAGUACCAUCGCUCUUUCUUCAUUCGUGACCUCUAUACCUUUCUCCAUCGGACCAUAAACGCUACCAUGAGAGAAGCGCGCCUCCAAGUGUGGUGGAGGAUCAAAAUGUCAGAGUCGGGAGUCCCUCUCGAGUAUCUUUUCACAUCCAAAGGACAAGGCAGAGCAUUCUCGCUUGUGCCGGAACCACGCUCCUCUGUCCCCUUCCAGUGGGCCCACUUCGAUCCCGGCGCCAUCCCGAACACCCUCGCAGACACGCCCUGUAAUGCUCUGAACGUCACAGAGCUGCUAGAGCUAAACGAUAUCCUCGGGACCGGCUACUCGCUAGAUGAGCGAGGGUUGAUGCAGUGCCUCGCUCACUUUCUCUGUUUCUCACGAGACUUCGGCCAAGUCUACGGCUCUCUGCGAUGCCACUGGAGAUCCAACUUCACUCAGCUGCUCUUCGACCUUGCUGCAAAGCAAAGGGAGGACGAAGCGAUGCGGAAAAACGCCCUGGAUUGUGGCUACAUCACCAACUCAUGGGUGUCCACACGGCGGAUGUGGGACCCCCACAGCAACCGGGUGCUUCCGUUUCAUGUCCUUCCUUCAGGCGGGUACAGCAAGAUACCCGACUACGUCUGGACAUUAUCGCACAGCUGGGUACACGAAACUUGCGCUCGCACCAACGUCUGGACUCCGAUCAACGGCUAUGAGUGGCCCGUCCCCAUACCCAAUGACACGACCUUUGACCACGUUCGAGUCGAGCUCCUCAAUCUCGGCGCGGAGAAAGAGGAGUGGGAACUCGACGUCCCUACCAUCGGCUACAUGUACGCACGGAGCCUGCUGUGUGCCACAUACUUCAACGGGCUCGGCCUUCCCUUUGAUCCAUCUCCGCAAGUACUGUCUUCCGAUCGCCACUGGCUGAACCGCGUCUGGACGGUGCAAGAGGCCACCAACAGCUGGUUGCCUGGUGGGGCCACAGGAACGGUGUCUGCAGACACGCGGCACUUCUUUCAGAAUCUCCCGCGGUCCAUGCCGCUCUUCGACCGCUUGCCCUUUGCUGCCGAGGCAAUGCAGGGACGUCACUGCACGACAGAGCUUGACAGGAUCCACGGCCUCGCAUACAUCCUGGGCUGCGAGACGCUGCCGAUAUACGACGAGGGUAUGCCGCCUGAGCUCGCUUGA